AUGCUAGCAAGAAAUUGUCUCAGCUCACAGCUGAUAAUGCUCAAUGGGAGGACAGACAACUGCUGAGAUCAGGAGCCGUUAGAGGUACAGAGGUUCAGACUGAGUUUGAUGAUGAGGAAGAACGCAAAGUUAUUCUUCUGGUGCAUGAUACAAAACCUCCAUUCCUUGAUGGCAGAGUUGUCUUUACUAAGCAGGCAGAGCCAAUUAUGCCAAUAAAAGAUCCAACAUCUGACAUGGCUAUAAUUUCUCGUAAAGGAUCUACUCUGGUCAGAGAAAUACGUGAGAAACAGAGUUCAAAUAAGUCUCGCCAACGUUUUUGGGAGCUUGCAGGCUCAAAACUUGGCGAUAUCUUAGGUGUUGAAAAGACAGCAGAACAGAUUGAUGCAGACACUGCUACAGUGGGUGAACAGGGUGAAAUAGAUUUUAAGGAAGAAGCUAAGUUUUCACAGCAUUUGAAAAAGGAAGAGGCUGUGAGUGAUCUUGCCAAGUCAAAGAGUAUUGCAGAGCAAAGGCAAUAUCUGCCCAUUUUUUCAGUGCGAGAUGACCUAUUACAGGUAAUUCGAGAAAAUCAGAUUGUGGAUUGUGGUGGAGAAACAGGCUCAGGAAAGACAACCCAAUUGACACAGGUGCAUUACAGAAAUUGCUUUUGA